ACUGAAAUUCACUCAUCUUUGAACACAUGCUGUAGAUGUUAGCUUAGCUGUUAGCACAGAGGAGAAGAAAUUAGUCAAAUAAACGUUAAUAGGACGCUCUGACAUUACUUUUAAACCUUUAGAAGAUCAAUAAAUUGAGUAUUACUUACACGCCCUAAACUGUAACAUUGUUUUAGCGCACCUACACUCAAUUUAUAUUGAUUUACGAACAAGAUAUUAAAGGAGUUAGCUAUGUUUACAGAGCUGAACAGCAUCCUGAACACCAAUCCUGACAGCAUCACACCGGUGAGGAUCUCACUUCUUUAUUACAUGUCUACAUUACACACAAAUACACUAAACUACACUAAACAUUCCUCUGUAACGUCUUCACUCAUCGUUCUUUAUGCUAAAAUCACCCAAACCUUCAUUAAACCAGGAUUUACAGCAGAUUUCUCUGAUGGUUCUAUCUAACUUUGUCCAAACUUUCAGGGUGAAUUUAUCCUCAUCUCAGACAGACAGAGUGAUGCCUCUUUCCUCAUACAUCACUUCCUCUCCUUUUACCUGAAAGGUGAGUCUUAAACACCUGUCUCAGUCCUGUAACAGUCUGUCCAGGAGGAUCUGGACCACAGCUGAUGUAUUCUCUCUCUCUUUUUAUGUCAGCUCGCUGUAAAGUGUGUUUCCUGGGUUUGGUUCAGUCCUUCAAUCAUUACCAUGCAGUCAGUCAGAGAUUGGUGAGUCUCAUCUGUUAUAUUUCUUACCCUGUAUGUUCCCAAUUCAUUGUUUAAUUCAGUUAAGAAGGUGCAAAUUUAAGGGGGCUUCCAUUUUGAUUGAUUUUUGAUUUAUCCAUUUGAAUGUGUCACAAACUUUCAUUUGAUUUUGAUUGAGAGGAAAAGUUACGACUCUUAUGUUGAGCUCCAGAUGAGGAAAAGUUUGAAGAAAAUACGUUUUACUGCAAUUUUACAAACCUAGAUUUAUCUAUUGUGACAGUCUGAUGCAGAAACUUUUAGGCCGAAUUUAAGGCCGCCGUUAUUUCUCUGGUGGGAGGGGUUAACAAGGGUGUCAAUCAGUCUUGAAUCUGACCACGAGAUUUGGCAAAACGUUUCCAUUUCUACACUCUGUACCUUUGGAUUCUGCACCUUUCAAACACUGAACUCAAGAUGCAUUGUACAGCUUAUUCAGAAAAGUUUUGGAUGUAGGUUUUGGUUAAAUACACCCAAUUAUGCUGGUCCUCCUCAACACAGUUUUCUCCUUCAAUAACUAUUUAGUAAAAUUAACUUUAAUUGGGACCAGGAAUAACUGGUUGAAUAGUGAAGUUAAUAACUGUAUGCCCCUUUUCUAACUGUGAGCUGAUCUGUGUUGUGAUUGUGUAUCUUCAGGGUGUAAGCUUGUUACAGGCCAAAGAGAAAGGCCAGCUGGUCUUUCUGGAGGGACUGAGUGAGUCGCUGUCUGUUUUGAUCCCUCAAGAGGACAACGCAGGAAGUCAAGCCAUGGACUUCCUCAGGUAAGAAUGAUUCAUUUCUUUUCAGAGUUAUUUUUGCAACUUAAUUAACAAUUAAAUGCAUUUUUUUCUCAUAUAAAGUCGUUUCAAACUUUCACACAUCUGGAGAAAACAGUCUCUAACUGGUCUCACAGCUCUCCACUCUCAUCUCUAUCCUUCUUUCAGGGAUCCUGCUGCUGGUCUGAAGAGUCUGUAUGAGUUUGUCAGGUCCAGUUUGAACAGUCCUGAUGGAGCAGAGGAUUGGGGACCCCCUGUGCUGCUGGUGGACGACCUCAGCGUGCUGCUGAGUCUGGGGGUGAGCGUCGGCGCCGUGUUGGACUUCAGCCACUACUGCAGAGCCACCGUGUGCUCACAGCUGAAGGUCAGAGUACAGCUGAUUUUACACGUUCAAACUGAGAUGAUGUGGAUCUCUAACUUUAUUCUGUCUCAUCACUGUCACUUUAACUGUGACUGCAGGGCAGCAUGGUAAUGUUGACACGCUGUGAAGGGGAAGAAGAGGAGGAUGAGGGAGAUGAUGAAGGCUCAGAGAGACUUCUGAAGGGUCUGACCCACCAGUGCAGCCUCACGCUGCAUGUACAGGGUCUCCCCACGGGCUACUGCAGGGAAAUCCAUGGACAGGUGUGUGAUUGAGUCUGAGCAGUUUUCCUUUACACUUAAUUUUGAAUCUUUUCAUGAAAAAUAAACUUAUUUUAAAUCUCGAUAUCUGACUGAGGCAGUGCUGAUGUGCAUCAAUAAGUAUAAAAGGUGAUAAAUCAGACUUUAAAUGAGUUAUGAGGACAGUAUAUCAGCAGUACGUACUAAAAUGAAUGUUUUAGACUGUUAAUUUUCAGAUUAAAUGAACAUAUUUUCUGUGUUCAGGUGGAGGUGUGCUGGAGGAGGAGACCGGUUGCGGGCCAGUAUACUCCAAAGAAACUCUUUCAGUAUAAGGUCCACGAUAAAGGAGCCUCCUUCUUCGCUCCUGGGACGUCCAGCGCUGUUCUGUAGUUGCAGCUUCAGCAUCACUGAUUGACUCUUAUAUCAACAUGAAAUACAAAUAAUUAUUGUCUAGUCAAAAUGGUCGGUGUACUGGGCGGUUCUACCAGCCUGAUUGGACCUCAGACUGUCUGCUGGGAGGACAUCUGCAUUUUUCUGUCUCAUCUUUUCUUUGUGAGGUUUUAUAAAAAAGGAAAAAUCAAUCCUACUACAGAAACACACUAUUGUCCAUGUCCUGGUCUGUGGACAGCAUGCUGUGGAUGCAGACUGUUUGUAAUCAGUGAUAAAUAUGUGACAUUAAAGGGAACAGCACUCACUUAAAACUUAAA